AUGCUGCAGAACAACCAUCCCGUCGAACUUCAAGGCAACAUUCAAGAGCUCUUCGGCGGCACGUUUGGAGCUGAGUACCUCGAGGCUCAGUUGAGCCAGAUGCUGCAGCGCUCCGUGAGCGUCUGCGAGAGCUGUGAUGGUCAGCACACGCUCGUGCAACUGACCCAAGAGAGCGAUGUCUCCCAGGCCUUCACCCCGGACGUUGCUGAGCAACCGACCACCACUCACCAUGUCGCUGGUCGAAAGAAUCCUCCGCGCCCUAUGAAUUGCUGGAUGCUGUACCGAGACACCAAGCACAAGGAGCUCAAGGAUGCGAACCCGCACCUCACCGUCCAGGCGAUAUCGAUCCUUUGCUCCAAGUUCUGGAAGACUCUUCCCGCUACAGAGAAAGACGAGUGGCGAGUGAAGGCUAAGCAGGCGAAGGAGGAGCACCAGCGCACGUACCCGGAUUACAAGUACACUCCUCGCAAGCCGGGUCAGAAGAAGAAGCGACAGUCGCGAAAGGCAACUCAAGCCGCCGCCGCCGCCGCCGCUACUACUACUGGCGCCGCCAACAUCAUUCCCACUCUUGCGGCUGGCGAUACCGCCAUCACUGCUAACGUUACCGGUGGGCUUGCGGGUGGAGAUACUCAGGGCCUCACCAUGCAGCCCGCUCAAUUCCCUGACAUGGAGUCAAUGAGGCAUGGUCAGCUUGAGGAAGAGUUCGGAGGGGACUUCACCGUCGAUUUCUUCGCUGACGAGACCUUCGCCUUCCGUGAUGGUGCCGACGAGAGCGCUACCCUCCCGUCUUUCUUCUCGGACCUUUAUUAA